CAGAUUGGCUUGCCGUGCCCAUUUGCAAGCACGCCGCCUUCUGAAUCCAGUCAGGACCCUCCCCUCUGCUCUGUGCCUGUGUCUCUGUGUUGUCUGUGUGCGUGUUUCGCCACCACGGAGGAGGACCAGGACGCCACGCUGUAGCUCGCUCUCUCUCUUCUCCCCCCUCCCUUUGCAUUGGGUGUGCACGUUUUGUGCUUUACCUGCCUUGGGGUCUGAAGGGGAGAGUGUCGAUUGCGUCCCGAUUUGUUGUUGCCUGUCAUGGUUCAUGCAGUGACCUGGAACCCUCUUAGCAACAGCUCUGCUCCUUGCUGCUGCACCGGAACAAGCGAUGUAUCGCUCUUUAAGCAGAAUUUCCUGGUAAGUAAGGGUAAACCAAGCCUGAAUAAGUUGGUACCCAUGAGAAGGCUGCCUGCGACCAAUGCCGCAAUCAGGAAUUCUUCGGAGGCUUCAACUGACUUUCAAGGAAGAGAUACCACUGCAUCUUGUGGCAUGCCUUGUGCAAUUAACUGUCCCAUAAACAGAGACACGAAUAUUCAACUCUGGGUGGAAGAAUUCAUACCAGAGAUUGUAAAGAACAUCCAGGAAGCUCCCUUCCUGCAGUACGUUUUCGACUCCAAGGGCAGACCUGGCAGAUCACAGCGGCAAAAAAUUCCUCGGGAUUUAGGGAAGAAUCCCGACUUCUGGCCUCCCAUCCGCGAGUUCUUGUCCAGGGCUGCUCCGGAUGGGGUUCUUCUUGUUCAGAAGAUGGAACCUGGGUGCUCCCCUGCUUUCUGUCUUGCAAGGGAAUUCCAGUCGGGUAAUCAUGAAGAGAUCGUUUGUCCUUUCUCACCAUCUCAGGGUGGAGCAGACACAAGUGUGUGGGGAGUUCUCGUGCAAGCGAGAGGCGUCCAUGCAAACGCUUGUUACCUGUUGAAGACCACACAAGUGCCUUCAUCCGCCGGGAUCUGCACCAGCGCAACACGGCGCCUUCACUUGUCCAAAUCAUUCCUGCCAAAUUGGCGAUCACAUUGUUGGGCACAACACUCAGCUCGGUGUACUAUAAUGUACAUUUAGAAUCUGUUCGUAUCAUUCUCCAUUAGUAUAGUUAGAACUCUCAGCGUUGUAAACUUGCAGUCAUCAGAAGUCGGAAGAACUUGCACAGCGAGGGAUGCUUUUACUAUACUUUUAUAAAUACUUACUUGAUAUUUAACCCAGUUGUAUAAUUAGGGGUUAGCAGGUUUUUGAGCUGUUAUAAUGCAGUAGUAGGUGCUGUACAACUCUUUUCACAGCAUUCGUUGUUUGGCAUUGAUAGAAUUUGCUUGAGAGGGAGAGAACAAAAGCAAAUCAUAGAGAACAUCAGAAUCGAAUUACUAAAUGUUAACAAAUUUACUUGCAUUGGUCUGCUCA